GAAAACCUCAUCUUCUUCCUCGAAAUUUUCGGUAUCCGCUUCGUCUCUCUGUAAUGCUAAUGGCUGUCAAUCUCUCCUUUUCUCCUCACUCUCUAAUUCCAUUUCAGAAGCCUUCGCUCUUACCACGCCAUGAACUCGGUCGCUUUCUUCAGCUCAAAUCAGUGAGUCGGAUUUCGAAUGUUCGCCUUCGUUCUGGCUCUCAAUCGGGGGUUUUGGUUCGAGCCGGUUUGGAUAGCGAUUACUCGUCGAAGAGGAGCAGUAGCAAUGAGGAAAGGGAGACGUUUAUGUUGCCUGGUUGUGAUUAUAAUCAUUGGCUUAUUGUCAUGGAGUUUCCCAAAGAUCCUGCUCCAACGAGGGAACAGAUGAUUGAUACCUAUCUCAACACUCUUGCUACUGUUUUGGGAAGCAUGGAAGAAGCCAAGAAAAACAUGUAUGCUUUCAGCACCACCACCUACACUGGAUUCCAAUGCACAGUGUCCGAAGAAACAUCCGAGAAAUUUAAGGGACUACCUGGAGUUCUUUGGGUGUUGCCAGAUUCUUAUAUAGAUGUCAAGAACAAAGAUUAUGGAGGUGACAAGUAUAUAAAUGGGGAGAUAAUUCCAUCCAAGUAUCCUGUUUAUGAACCCAAGAAACGAAGAGAAACCAAAUAUGAAAGUAGGAGAUAUGAAAGAAAACGGGAUGGCCCUUCUCCUGAACAACGAAAGCCGAGACCACAAGCAACAACCAGAACGGAAUCAAAUUCAGGAUAAGAUUACUGUUGCCUCCUUUGGACCGGUCCAACUUCAAUGCCUGCUAAAAUCACCCUCUCGGUGUCGGAAUGGCAGGUGCCAUUCAAUUGUUUGGUCCACGUGCGUUAAAUCAGUUCGCUAUUGUCACUGUCACCCGUUCCCAUCAGGUAACGUUAUAUUAUUACUCCCCUCGAAUUAUUAUUAUUAUUAUUUUAUCGUAGGCGCGUGACUCAACAGUGGCGUAUAAUUGUAAUUAACGAUGUUUAUGAUGUCUAGUUUUGGAAUUUCACACACCGGAAAUUAUCCCGGGACUGGGGAUUGGCCAAUACCAAAUCCUAUGUUUCACGAGAUUUUUAUAAGAAUCUGUUGUGAGGUGCAUUUACCGUUUU